AUGUGCCUGGGUAGCUGUGUUGGUAAUUGGGGUUCUGAGGUUUGGGCGUGUGGGCGUGCUGGCAAGUCGAGGCGGAUGGCGCGGGGUUGGGCCGGCUUCUCUGAGGAGGAGCUGAGGCGACUAAAGCAGACUAAAGAUCCAUUUGAACCACAGCCGCGUCUUCUCCCUGUGAAGAAAAGUCGACAACAACUUCAGCGAGAAAAAGCCCUUCAAGAGCAAAGCCAAAAACUUGGGUUUCAAGAUGGAUCAACCUCAUUACCUCCAGAGCAGCUGCUUUCUGCACCAAAACAAAGAUUUAAUACUCAAAGACCAUGUUCUUCUCCCCCCACUCCCCCCACACUCACCUCUCCUAUUGGUGAUGGAAAACCACAGGGUAUUGAAAGUCAACCAGGGGAACUAGGACUUAAGAAUUCCCAUGAAGGUCACAAAAAUGCUGAGGUUCUACCUCCACAACCAGAUUGCAAAUUGGAAAAAAAGAAAGUGGAAUUGCAAGAAAAAUCUCGUUGGGAAGUCCUCCAACAAGAACAACGGCUAAUGGAAGAGAAAAAUAAACGUAAGAAAGCUCUUUUGGCUAAAGCUAUUGCAGAAAGAUCUAAAAGAACUCAGGCAGAAACCAUGAAACUAAAGAGGAUCCAGAAGGAGUUACAGGCUUUAGAUGACAUGGUGUCAGCUGACAUUGGAAUCCUCAGGAACCGGAUUGAUCAAGCCAGCCUUGACUAUUCAUAUGCUUGGAAGCGGUUUGACAGGGCUGAAGCAGAGUAUGUUACAGCAAAGCUAGAUCUACAGCGCAAGACUGAGCUUAAAGAGCAACUCACUGAACACCUUUGUACGAUCAUACAGCAAAACGAGCUGCGCAAGGCCAAGAAGUUGGAGGAAUUGAUGCAACAACUAGAUGUGCACGCUGAUGAGGAGACUUUGGAGCUCGAGGUGGAGGUGGAGAGACUGCUGUGUGAACAAGAAGCAGAAGUAGGGAAACAAGUGGUUCAUUCAGAGAGGCCAGUUCAGCCUUCUGGGGAGAGUAUGACCUUAGGGUUUGCUAAAGAGAACAAAAAGCAUCAAGACCAGGCUGCUUCCCCAAAGGUAGAUGAGCAGUGUGAAAGCUCCAGUAGCAUUGCCCUUCUUGAUCCAGACCAGCCAAAUCAAGAAGGUGAAACUACUGUAAAAGACAUUUCAGCUGCUCUGACCACAUGA